GAGUGGGGGUAACCGAAAUUGAUGCAUCAUCAGUUGAUUAGGUUUCCCUGGUGAGUUUGAACGCUGAGAAUUCCGAGUUCCCAAAGCUCUCUCUUUUCACUUGGACGCGGGAGGUGCAGCGGUGCCAGAGGUUCAUUUGACUGAAGAGACCGUACGGCACUGCAGCUAUGAACUAAACUACGGGCUGUACAUUUAUUUUCUUCGGGAUUAGUAUAUUUUCUUUUAUUUUUUUUUCCCAGGUGAAGAUGGCGAAAAGAACAGUGGAAUUAAAUGGGACCGUGGCUUGUGCGGCUUGCUUUUUAGUGAUUUUAUCCACUUUGUCGGUAGUCUCUGGACAGACACUUCCCACAAACGGAGUGAAUGGAUUUAGUUUGCAUCCACCUUACUUCAAUUUAGCAGAAGGCACUAAAAUCACUGCCACCGCAACCUGUGGGGAGGAUGGAAACGGAAAAGCUAUCCAGGAUCUUUACUGCAAACUUGUUGGAGGGCCAGUAUCGGGGGACCCGAGCCAGACUAUCCAGGGUCAGUACUGCGACACUUGCAGAGCUGGGGACAGUGAUAGAGCCCACCCCAUCACCAACGCUAUCGACGGGACUGAGCGCUGGUGGCAGAGCCCGCCGCUCUCCCGGAGCCUGGAGUACAACAAGGUCAAUGUCACCCUGGACCUGGGACAGCUCUUCCACGUUGCCUAUGUGCUCAUCAAGUUUGCCAAUUCACCGAGGCCAGAUCUCUGGGUACUUGAAAGAUCCAUCAACUUUGGAGACACCUACCAGCCCUGGCAGUACUUUGCCUCUUCGAAGAGGGACUGCAUUGAAAGGUUUGGCCCGAGGACGAUUGAGCGCAUUACCAACGACAACGAUGUCAUCUGCACCAGUGAAUAUUCAAGGAUUGUCCCACUGGAGAACGGAGAGAUUGUUGUUUCCCUGGUUAAUGGUCGACCCGGUGCCAUGAACUUCUCCUAUUCACCCGUCCUGCGGAAUUUCACCAAAGCCACCAACAUCAGACUGCGCUUUCUCAGGACCAACACCCUUCUGGGACACCUCAUGGGCAAAGCUCUGCGUGACCCAACCGUCACCAGGAGGUAUUACUACAGCAUCAAGGAUAUCAGCAUAGGGGGACGCUGUGUUUGCAAUGGCCAUGCAGAGGCUUGUGAUGCCAAGGACCCUACCAAUCCUUACAGGUUGCAGUGUGAUUGUCAACACAACACCUGCGGAGGGUCAUGUGACCAAUGUUGUCCGGGAUACAACCAGAUGCCAUGGAAACCAGCUACUACAGACAAUGCCAACGAGUGUGAACCCUGCAAUUGCAACAACCAUUCAUUUGACUGUUACUAUGACCCAGAAGUGGAUCGGAGGAAGGCCAGUGUCGAUAUCAAUGGCAGAUACCUGGGAGGAGGAUUCUGCAUGGAGUGUCAGCACCACACCACUGGGAUUAACUGUGAACGCUGCAUUCCUGGUUUCUACAGGUCACCUGACCACCCAGUAGACUCGCCAUUCGCCUGUGCAGCUUGUGCCUGUGAUUCUGAGUUCACUGACGGAACCUGCGAGGACCUGACCGGACGCUGUUACUGCAAGCCGAAUUUCACGGGGGAGAACUGCGCCUCCUGCGCAGAGGGAUAUACCGGCUUCCCUGUCUGUUACCCUGUUCCUACCUACCCAAAUACGGACAAUGGAGAACUGCUUCCUCCAGCUGGAUCCAUAAUCAACUGUGAGUGUAACGCUGCCGGUACAGAGGGGAACUUGUGCCGGCCAGACCCCAGGAACAGGAUAUGCGUCUGCAAACCCAACUUCGAGGGAGUUCACUGCGAUCAAUGCAUCCCGAGGCAUUUCGGACUGAACUGUCAACCCUGCCAGUGCUCUGGGCCGGGCGUGUUUGACGGAGGCUGCAACGCGGAGACGGGCCAGUGCUUCUGCCGCAGUGGGUUCCAGGGGUACCUGUGUGACCAGUGUGCCCCAGGGUACUUCAACUACCCCCUCUGCCAGCUAUGUGGGUGCAGCACAGUGGGGUCAGUACCAGAGGGCUGUGACCCUUCAGGCCGCUGUCUCUGCAAGCCAGAGUUUACAGGACCUCGCUGUGAGCAGUGCAAAUCCGGCUUUCACUCCUACCCCAAUUGUCAAGUUUGCUCCUGUGAUCCUCGUGGCUCGGCAGGUAAUGGCUGCAGUCCAGCCGGUCACUGCCAAUGCCGGCCCAACUUCACUGGCCCAACCUGUAAUCAGUGUGCACCUGGUUACUACGGAUACCCCAGCUGCACAGCAUGCCAGUGCUCCAUCGAGGGCUCUCGCCACAGUUCCUGUAACCAGGAGACUGGCCAGUGCAACUGCCUUGCGAACGUGGGAGGUCAGCACUGUGAUUUCUGCGCACACGGAGCCUACGGCUUCCCUCUCUGUCAAGUUGGUUCCUGCAAUCCUGAUGGUUCAAUUCAGAAUGGGCUUUUGCCUUCAGCUGGUUCCUGUAACUGCCGCCCAUAUGUCCAAGGAGCUGCCUGUGACACCUGCAAACCUCUGUACUGGAACCUCACUCCGGAUAACCCAUACGGAUGCACUAGCUGUCGCUGCAGUACAGAAGGCACGAUCAGCUCAGUUGCUGAAUGCUCACAGGGUAAUGGCCAGUGCUUCUGCAAGCCUAACGUGUGCAGUCGAACCUGCUCGGUGUGCAAGGAUGGCUACAACAAUCUGGAGAGAACAAACUUCUUUGGAUGUCAGGGGUGCCAGUGUGAUAUCGGCGGGUCUAUAGGUCUGACUUGUGAUGAUCGAACUGGAAGGUGCCAGUGUAGAAAGAAUGUAGAAGGACUCAAGUGCAACCAGCCAAAGAGGAACCAUUACUUUCCUGAUCUCCAUCACCUGAAGUUUGAGAUUGAAGACGGGACCAUGAUGGAUGGCAGGCCAGUGCGCUUCAACUACAAUCCGCUAGAGUUUGAGGCUUUCAGCUGGAGGGGUUAUGCCCAGAUGUCAUCCAUCCAGCCAAGGGUAGUGGUGGCUUUCAAUGUGAGCUCUCCUGACCUGUUUCACGUAGUCUUUCGCUACGUCAACCGGGGUACCACAGAUGUCAAGGGCAGAGUGUCAGUCCUGGAAGAAGGAAAGCAUGUUCUCUGUAGCAACUGCUCGGACCAGUCCAAGCAGAUCAUCUUUGCCCCAGGCUCGGAGCCCUCCUUCGUCACAGUGCCCCAGAACAGCUUUGUGGAGCCAUUCGUCCUGAACCCUGGCACCUGGUCCAUCAUCAUCGAGGCCCAAGACAUUUUGCUGGAUUUCCUGGUAUUGUUGCCUAGUGCAUACUAUGAAGCCCCUGUCCUUCAACUGAAAGUCACAGAGGCCUGCAAAUACAAACCCAGCCCUGAAGAAGCCAAGAAAAACUGCCUGCUGUACAAGUAUCUCUCGCUUGAUGGUUUUCUCUCAGCCCCUGGUAUUGACGGGACCUGCAGGUUUAACAACCACCUGCCUAGACGCUGCCAGAGCGAGACCCUUACCCCAAGACACCCUCCCAUGGCUAUCUGCAGCGGGAACGAUAUAAACGUGCAGUUGAAGAUAACUGUCCCCCGACCUAGUGGCUACGUCUUGGUAGUGGAGUAUGCGAACGAAGACGAAUCGUCUCAAACCCUCAGCAUCUCUGUGAACACGCCAGGAAGGCAGACUCAGCAGGAAAGCAUCAUUCUCUACAGCUGCAAAUACAGUUUCUUGUGCCGUGGAGUGGCUGUUGAUGGCAAGAAUCGAGUGGCUGUCUUUGGACUAACAACAGAAGGAGAUGUGCAGUUUAUUGCAGACACAGCUAAUUUCUUCUUGUACAAGGUGUACCUAAUCCCUCAUGAAGAGUUCACUAUGGAGUAUGUAGAACCUAAGAUGCACUGUAUCAGUACACAUGGGACCUUUUCACCUGACAGUGGUGCCUGUAUCCCUUCCCGAUUCCAGACACCCUCCCAGUCGACAGUCCUGAAGGAUGGACUGGCAUCCCUGGUUCCUGAGGCUCCUCUCCUCUCAAUGGAAUCACAAGUCUUCUCUGCAGACAGACUAGAGGGGCCACAGCAGGUUGAGAACCAACCACGGACUGCGGUAGACAACCCAGAGCUGACCCGGCUUGACGGCUCCCAGAACGCUGUUAUGUAUUCGACCCGUGUUCAGACGCUGGGACGCUAUGCCUUUAUUCUGCACUUUUACCAGCCCAACCACCCCACCUUCCCCGUGCAAGUCUACCUAAACGGGGGCCGCAUCUGGCAAGGUGAAGCCAAUGCAACCUUCUGCCCACACGGCUUUGGCUGCCGCAGUCUUAUGAUCUCGGAAAAUCAAAUCAUCCUGGAUGUGACGGACAAUGAAGUCUUCAUUACUAUCAAAGUUCCCAGGGGCAAAAUGGUCUGGCUGGACUACGUUAUGGUUGUCCCAGAGGCAAGUUACAGCUCAAACUAUCUUGUGGAGGAACCUCUGGACAAGUCCUAUGACUUCAUCAGCCACUGUGGAGCCAAUAGCUUCUAUAUCAACCCUACGAUUUCGACUCCAUUCUGCCGGGAAUCUGCCAUCUCGCUCUCGGUGUUCUACAACAAUGGCGCCCUGCCCUGUGGGUGCCACGAGGUAGGCGCUGUGAGCACAGCCUGCGAUACCUUCGGGGGAAAGUGUAACUGCCGGCCUAACGUCAUUGGAAGAGACUGCUCGCGCUGUGCCACCGGCUACUGGGGCUUCCCCAACUGCAGGCCAUGCCAGUGUGGGACGCGGCUGUGUAACGAGGUGACGGGACAGUGCAUCUGCCCCCCACACACCGUAAAGCCUGAGUGUACCAUCUGCGAGCCCCAGACCUUCGGCUGCCACCCUCUGGUGGGCUGUGAGGAGUGUAACUGCUCCCGUUCGGGGGUCUCGACGCUCACCGACAUGGGCUGCAACAUCGAGAACGGGCAGUGCAAAUGCAAGGACAAAAUUAUCGGGCGGCAGUGUGAUCGCUGUGCCGCUGGUUUCUAUGGUUACCCCAACUGCCGGCAGUGUGAAUGCAGCGAGGCCGGCACCGAGGAUGAUAUCUGUGACUCUGUCACCGGGCAGUGCCACUGUAAGGAAAACGUGGAAGGUCCGAGGUGUGGCCAGUGUCGAGUGGGGACCUUCCACCUGGACCCUGCCAAUCCCAAGGGCUGCACCAGCUGCUUCUGUUUCGGAGCGACUGAUCGCUGUCGCAGCUCUGACAAGCGCAGAACCCAGACAGUGGACAUGAACGGCUGGGUGCUGCUGAGCGGGGAGCGGCAGGAGCUGGCAGUGUCUGUCAGUCCGGAGCGGGGCUUGGUGGAAGCAGACCUCAGGGACGUGCCCGAUGUCUAUCAAGAGCUACACUGGCACGCUCCGCAGAGUUACCAUGGAGACAGGGUUUCCUCAUACGGGGGGUUCUUGCGCUACCGGCUGCACUCCCAGUCUCUACCUAUCAGGGGCGAUGUUGCACCUCCUCCGCUGGAAUCCGCUCGUCCCGAUGUCAUUCUGAAGGGGAACAAGAUGACCUUGGUGUACCAGGAUAAGAGCUACCCGGACCCUGGACAACUGCAUGAAGGGAACGUCCAUCUGAUUGAGGGUAAUUUCCGUCACGCUCAGACGCGGAACAGCGUGUCACGGGAGGAGCUCAUGAUGGUGCUGGUGGGUCUGGAGGUGCUGCAGAUCCGCGCCCUGCACUCGCAGUCCUCUGUGUCCGUGUCACUGGAGCGAGUUGUUCUGGAGGGGGCGUCCCAGGCCACAUCGGGCAGCGCCGCCAGCAAUGUGGAGAUCUGCAUGUGCCCUGCCAACUACCGUGGGGAAUCUUGCCAGGAAUGUGCCCCGGGCUUCUACAGGGACACCAAAGGGCUGUUCCUGGGCAAAUGUGUUCCCUGUAACUGCAACGGGCACUCAGACGAGUGCCUGCCUGGCUCGGGGAUAUGUGUCAACUGCCAGCACAACACAGAGGGGAAUCACUGUGAGACGUGUCGGAAUGGUUUCCUUGGCAACUCCACCGCUGGGCAGACCCAGUCAUGCACGGGCUGCCCCUGCCCCCUCCAGGUCUCCUCCAACAACUUUGCAAUUGGAUGUGUUGAGAGAUCCUCUAGCAUGCAGUGCUUGUGUAUGCCUGGUUACGCUGGUCCUAAAUGUGAAAGGUGUGCCCCUGGUUUCUAUGGAAACCCAAUGGUGAUUGGAAGCUCCUGUCAGCCGUGUCAAUGUAAUGGCAACACAGAUGCGAACAUGCUGUUCAGCGACUGUGAUUCCCUGAUGGGAAUCUGCAUCGGGUGCAUGCAUAACACUGCGGGACCUCACUGUGAAAUCUGCGCUCCUGGGUACUUUGGAGAUGCAAUUAUAGCCAAGAACUGUACAAACUGUAACUGCUCUCCGUGUGGGACUGCAUCAUGUGACCCUCGAACUGGCCAGUGCCAGUGCAAGCCUGGUGUCACUGGAGCCCGUUGUGAUCGCUGUAAGGACGGGUUCUACGGCUAUGACUCGUGCACCGGGUGCCAGCGUUGUGACUGUGACAGCGCCGCUGCUCUCACCCAGGCCUGCAACCCACAGAACGGGCAGUGCUCUUGCCAGCCCGGGGUUAGUGGCCCUCAGUGUCUGCAGUGUGCGCCUGGCUUCUGGGGCUAUACCUCGGACGGCUGCACAAGAUGUGACUGUAAGGGGGGCUCCUGUAACCCUCGCAGUGGCGAGUGUACCUGCAGUGAUGGGCUCACUGGGAAGCAGUGCGACUCCUGCCUUCAGAAGCUUGCGGUCCCAGUGGUGAACGGACAGGGCUCUCUCAAUUGCCAGACUUGUGACAGCUGUGUGGUGGUGCUGCUGGACGACCUGGACAGCAUGAAGGGCCUGUUCCCAGUGAUCCGAGACCAGCUGACCAACCUGAAUGCCAGCUCUAUCGCCUGGGGCCGUCUGCGGGGGCUGGACGAAUCCAUCGACAGCGUAACCAACAAGCUUUACGACUAUAAGCAUGUGCUGGAUGACAACAAGCAGAAAGUGGAUGAACUGGAGAACGAAGACAUGAAUCUCUCGCAAGAUCUAGACAUGCUGGAGGAAAGGGCUGCACUGGCUAACAGGAAAGUGCACAAGCUGGAAGACAACAUUGCUGCGACUCGCCAGCGUGCAGAGGACUUGAUCAAACACAUCGGGGACAUCAUGAAGGCUGUGCAAGAUGGCAUUGGCCUGGUGAAUAAAACCUCUGCGAAUGAGACCCAUUCAACAGAGGAUCUUAGGAAGAAGCUGUCCGAGGUGGAGAAGUUGCUGAGGCAGAUGAGGGACACAGCUUUCUGCAACCAGAAAAAACUAGCUGAAGACGAGCUGAAAAAGGCAAAAGACUUGCUGGGCCGAGUGGACAACGACAUGGCGAAACGCUCAAAGGAAAACGACGGGCUGGUGGAUGACAUUAGGGACCAAUUGACCAAGUACAACACAGAGCUGAUGGACCUGAGGGACGCGCUGAACGAAGCCGUGAACCAGACCGCCCAGGUGGAGGACCUGAACAACCGCAACGAGAACCUGCUGGACGAGAGCCGGAAAAAGAACAGUGAUCUGCAGCGAGCGCUGGCGGAGGUGAAGGACUUGCUGACGAUGGCAGAGGACGUACUCUUUCAGGUUACAGACCUCCUACAAAUGCUUGAGGAUUCCAAAGAGGACUAUGAGAAGCUGGCUGCUAAUCUGGAUGGAGCAAGGAAGCGCCUAUUGGAGAAGGUGCAGAAGUUUGCUUCGGCAAGCACCAAGAUCCCCCUUGUGGAGGAGGCAGAGAGACAUGCGGAACUGCUCCACCAGCUGUCCAAAAACCUCUCCAGUGUGAUUCAGGACACCAACCAAGACGGGUUCAUCCAGCGAGCCAUCAAUGCCUCCAAUGCCUACUCUAGCAUCAUAGAAGCUGUCAGGAAUGCAGAGAAUGCAGCGAAAAAGGCUGAUGAGGCAGCUACCAAUGCACUGGAGAAUGUGAAGAACGAAGAUCUUGGUGAAGAAGCGGACAGGCUGAAAAAGAAAAGCAACGUGCUGCUUGAGGAUGCCAAGAAUGUGCAAACCAGUUUGAACGAUCUAAAGCCACAACUCAAAGAAGCAAAGAAAAGACUGCAAGAUGCCAAAGACAAAAAGGAGCAGCUUCUAAAGGACCUGAAAGACGCACAGAGCAUGCUCAACAUCGACAAAGGUAGUACUGAAGAAAAUAUUAAAAACGCCAAGGCGGCUGCAGAAGACGCCAAGACGAAAGCAGAGAACGUGGAACGCACCCUGAAUCCCAUCAAAGAGAAACUGGAUCAGUGGAAGGACCAGUAUGGCAACUCCAGCGGCACCAAUGAGGACUUCAAAAAUGCUUUCAAAGAUGCCAACAGUUCAGUUCUAUCACUUGGAGACACGAUACCGCUGCUGAUCAAGAAACUGGACAAGCUGCAGAGCCGAUCGACGCAGAUGCCAAACAUUUCCAAAAACAUCGAGCGAAUCCGGGAUCUUAUCUCACAGGCUCGGAACGCUGCCAGUAAGGUGAGUGUGCCAAUGAAGUUUGAUGGUACCUCAGGCGUGCAGCUGAGAAACCCCAACAACCUGCUGGAUGUGGCCCCAUACACCAGCCUCAAGUUCUACAUCUCCCUGCUCGAAGGAAAGAAAAAACGUCAGACCGAGUCAGAGAAGCAGUUUGUUUUCUACCUCGGAAACAAAGAUGCAACUAAGGGAUUCCUUGGCAUGUCGAUCGAGGGGAAGAAGCUGAAAUGGUUUUUCAACGUGGGGGGCCAGACGGCCGAGCUGCUGAACGAGCAAACCAUCAGCACAGACGCUUUCAACAUGAUCAAAUUAGAAAGGAUCUUGCAGUAUGGACAGAUGUCUGUCACUGUAGACAAAACCACUUCUCUUGUGACUAAGGGAAAUACCGUGGCCGGUGGAGACGAAGGUCUGCUUAAGCUCACUCCGAGCGACACCGUCUUCUACGUGGGCGGCUACCCUCCAGACUUCUUGCCCCCUCCUGAGCUCCGGCUCAGCAAAUUCCAAGGCUGCAUCGAGAUGGAUUCCCUGAAUGAAGAGGUCAUCAGCCUUUACAACUUCGAAAAGAACUUCAUGGUUGACACGGUCAAAGACCGGCCCUGUGGAAGAAAGAAGUCGGUCACAGAGCCCUGGAUCAACGACGGUUCCUACUUUGAUGGCUCCGGUUUUGCUGCAGUUGAAAUCCAGUCCGGUUUACCAGGGACAAGCCGAUUUGAGCAGGAGGUCAAAGUGCUCUCCUAUAACGGCAUCCUGUUCUUCCUUGAGGGAGAGGGUCAUUUCAUUUGCAUUGCUGUCAAGGAUGGAGAUUUGAAACUUUACUAUGACUUCAACGGUGAACUUAAGGAAGCCCCUACUACCAAUAUGGACCUAAAAAUCAGUGAUGCCAAAUCCAAAGGGAUCCAGAUCAUCCUUCGUGAACCCAAUGGUAACAUGAAAGUGUACAUCAGGUUGGAGCGAAAGAUUGCCUUUAACGUGGAGCACAGUGGCAGUCCGCUGAACUUUAACAGCGUCUACUACAUUGGAGGCGUGCCGGAGGAGAUACUCCCCAACAAAUUGAAGCCUCUGUUCCCUAAUGGAGGAUCUAUCAAAGGCUGUGUUAGGAGCAUUAAGGCUAUAGACAAAUACAUUGACCUGAAACGCAUGAAUACCACUGGGGUCAGCCACGGGUGCUCUCCAGACUUCCUGGUUGCUCGAACAGCUAGGUUCACAGGCAAUGGAUACCUGGACCUGUCAUUGGACAAUGUCCCCAGUCUGCUGGACAAUUUCUACUCAGGCUUCGGCUUCAGGACAAGUCAGAGCAACGGACUCCUGUUCUACCACAAAACCACGGUGGGACACUGCCAAGUAUUACUGGAAAAUAGCAGGCUGGUGGUGAACUCUAACAGUGGUGCAAUUAAAACCAAAAAUCUUUAUUCUGACGACAUGAAUCACUACGUGGCUUUAUACGUCAACAAAAACGGGGUCCGGCUGUAUGUGGAUAAUAUUCUGGAGGGCAGCAGCGUGGGGAGAAGGAAGCGACAUCCCCGGGAAGUUGUUCUGGAGAAGUUUUACUUGGGCGGUGCUCCGGAUGCUAGCCUGGGCUCCAACCUGACUGGCUGCAUCAGCAACAUGUUUGUUAAAAGGGAGAACGAUGAGCAGAUGGUGGUGGACUUCCUGCAGUCCAGUCUGGUGCAGGUGUCUCUGAACUGUCCGAGCAGCAGAGAACCACAACAGAUCCGGGCGUUGGUCAAAAAGAACAAGAUGCGGUCUAAAGCCACACUGAAAGCGUCCCGGAAUCGUAUCGUGGAGCGAUCCUGUCGGUCUAAACAGCCCAAAAUCAUUAGUGGAGCAUUCCAGUUUAGCGGCUUCGGGACGAGCCGACUGGAAUUCAACAAUGUCCCAGAGUCCUUCCGGGACAGGUCCCACUUUUCAAUGGAUGUCCGGCUGAAUUCUUCCUCCGGACUGCUGUUCUACGUCUCUAAUGAGAAGGAGAACUCGCUAAUGGCCCUUUCGGUGUCAAGUGGACGUUUGGUACUCCUGGUCAGCAUCGCCGGAAAGAAACUAAAAACGCGAAGCCAAGAAAAGUACAACGAUGGCCAGUGGCAUACAGUCUUUUUCAGCAGAGAGAAGAACAGAGUCCACUUGGUCACUGAUGGACUGAAAGCUCAGACCGGCACGCUGUCCAGCACCGGACAGCUGCUGGUCAAUCCACCAUUCUACGUGGGAGGGGUUCCAGCAGGGAAAGGCAGGACACUCACCACAGAGCUCUCAGUCAGCGGCUUCGUCGGCUGUAUCAAGAACCUGAAACUGGACGGCAAGUCGCUGGAUCCCCCCUCCAGCACCUUCGGGGUGGGCCCCUGCUCCGAGAGCAGCCUGGAGGAUGGGGUCUACUUCGCAGCAGGCGGAGGGCAUCUCGCUCUCGACAAUUCUUUUGCAGUCAGUCAGGACUUUGAAAUGAUGCUGGAGGUUCGUCCUGUGACUGACACAGGCCUGCUGUUCCACAUCGGAAGGAAGAGACACUACCUCACUCUUUAUGCAGAAAAUGGGGAGGUGACUGUCAAAGUAAAUAACGGCGGUGGAGAAUUCUCAGCAUCGGUAAUCCCUGAGCAGUCUCUCUGCAACGGCCGCUGGCACCACAUUGCAGUUAUUAAACGCAACAACGUUAUUCAACUGGAUGUCGAUACAAAAGGAAAGCACGCAGUAGGACCAACGCGGCCACACUCCUCCAGUACCAAAGAGAUGUUAUAUUUAGGAGGAGUGCCAGACACUGUUGACCUACCUGGACUAUCGUCUCCACGCCCCUCUUUCUACGGCUGUGUAAGGAAUCUCGUCAUCAACCAAUCCCCUGUGCAUCUAUCCCGAGCAGGUGCUAUCUACGGUGCAGUUGGAGUCGGGGGCUGUCCGGUUAUGUAGAGAAUAUGUCAUUCAACAAUGCUUAACAUGUUCACCGCAUGUCCCAACACCAAAAACAAAUGUAUAGGUGAAUUUAAACAUCUAUAUUUUUUUAUUUUGAAUACUACAUUAGUCAUUUCAGACCGCUAAUUGCACUGUUUUUUUUAAUCAAUAUUAAAGUAACUGUAACGGUAGGCCCAUUUCAGUGUACCAAAAGUACUAUGGUUUUAUAAUGUACUGUAACCUAUUUUCUCCAGCAGGUGCCAAUGUUUAGAAAAUAAAUAUUUUACCCCCCAUUAAACUAUGGUCUGACUCUGCCCUUAUGCUAUGAAUUAAACUCCACACCUCCCACACCAGAUCUACAUGUGCACUUACUCCUGCAUUAUCACCCACUUACUGUAUUUGAAUUGAUUUGUAAAAAGUUGUUUUUUUUCUUUUUGGUAUGAUGGGAUAAAUAUUGAAAAAUUGUUAAACACUGGUUGUAUAUAUUAUAUUUCAACCUGAAAAAGUUUAUUAUGAAUGACCCCUGCAUUUCAGUAUGCAUAAUUGUUGUAAAUCAUUGGUACAUACUUUUUUUAUGGUGUCAAAAUAAAAGUUUCUUAUCACUUUUAAA